CCAGUCCUGUUUAUGCCACAAUCGAGGAGACCCCGAGGCUGGUUGUCAUUUUAACGAAACCGGCUUCUCCAAUGGCUUGUGGUGUCUUCCUUUUUGGUCUGUUUUUCAUUGUUCUUUCCAGCCCGUUUUCAGCAAGUAAAAAAGGUGUUAAAGCCCAGGAUCCAUGGCUCUCGCAACCCCAGAGCUCUGUUUCGGUCGCAAAAGGGGAAGUUCUCCACCUGGAGUGUGAAGUGAGUAAAAACCGCAUACCUGGUGGUGUGAAAUGGUUCUUGGGAGAAAAACCUCAACGGAAGCUCAUCUACGCAGAUGUCGAGAUUGAUGAAAAUGAUGAAAGAAUAACCAGGAAUUCUCCACGUUCUGACACGGAUUUCUCCAUCUCCAUCCACAACUUUAGUCUGGAAGACGCGGGGACUUAUUACUGUGUGAAGGAGAAGAAAGGGGCGCAUGGAACUACAGAUUGGCUUAAAGGACGUGGGACUGAGGUGGUUGUAAAAGCUUCUAGAGAUAACAGUUCAGUCAUCCCCAUUGCUGCUGGAGUCUCUGGAGUCUUCAUCCUGGUUUGUUUGUUCUGCGUGGCGCUUUAUGUCUACCUAAAGAUGAAAAAAGAGGAGCGAAAUUGGGCGUGUCUUUGUUACCGAUCAAAGGAUGAACAGUUUGAAGGUCUAAGGAACAACCAUACAAGGUCCGACUUUCCAAAAAAACAGCAAACUUCUAAGCCGAUUUCUGGGGAUAAAGAGAUCGUCUACGCUGACCUGAAAGACCCAAGUGAAUUACAGCUUCCUAAGAAAAUCAAUUCGGAAGAGCGCUCGGAAUAUGCUACCAUUAAAGGAGCGCCAAGUAGGGCCGCAGACAAAGAAACUUUUCACAACCUGAAUCUGUGACCGAAAAAUGGAGACGAGAUCGUUUCACGCUUGGCAUUUCUGAGCCAAACGGAACUUCGGAACUUCACCUGAUUCUAAAUGCAGAUGUUUGCCGGUUGUUAAAACAGGCACAUCAAAAACGGUUGUAUAAAAUUAUCAUAUAAUAAAAUACGGAUGAUAGAAAAUACAAUGGACCAAAACAUAAGGAAGAAAGGUUGCAGGAAUCGGGCAUGUCUGGUUUAACGAAAAGAAGGACCAGGAUGUGACAUGAUAGCAGUCUUCCAAUAUUGGAGGAGGGGCUGCCACGAAGAAGAGUUGGGGGUCAACCUAUUCUCCAGAGUACCUUGAAGGCAAGAAAAGAAGCAACGGAUGGAAACUGAUCAAGGAGAGAAGCAAACUGGAACGAAGGAGAAAUUUCCUGACAGGGAGAACAAUUAACCUGUGGAACAGCUUGCCACCAGAAGUUGUGGGUGCUCCAUCACUGGAGGUUUUAAAGAAGAGAUAAGACAACUGUUUGUCUGGAGUGGUAUAGAGUCUCUUGCUUGAACAGGGUGUUGGACA